AAAGUUUAAACUAAAGACAGGGCUAACUUGAUGAGGCGAUGAUGCAAUAUAAAAGGGCUACGUUGUUUGCUCUGUUAGCUAGGACUACAUUGCUUCUCCUUUCCCAUUUUCGCCUUCCUUCCUUCUCCAAAUUCAUCUUCCUUUCUUCUUUGCCACUUAAAUCCUUCACCUUCAUCAUCUUCAUCUUCACCAUCCAUACUUUCCUUUACAACUUUCUACAUCUCUUUUCCCUCUGUCUUGCUUUUCUUUUUUUUUUUUUCUUUCUCUCUUGUUAUUUUUAAGCUUUCAUCAUUUUGGGGAACAAAGAGGGGCGUCCUUUCAACAAUUACUUGAAAUUCAACUCUAUAUCUCAUUUGAGCCUGAAUUCCGUGUUCAACUCCCAUCAGUAUUGAAGUAAGAAUAGUUUAUAUACAAUGGCUUUGGAAGCAGUGGUUUUCCCACAAGAUCCACUUUCUUAUACUUGUAACAAGGAUAACUAUUUGUACUCCAUAGCUGCAAGUGGUGGACCUUGGAGCAACCAUGAAGAACCCUACGGUAAUAAUGUCACAGAUUCCAUGGACCAAUGGGAUUCUUACAACUCGAAUUCCUCCCCUGAGCCUUGCAUCACCACCAUUGAUCACGAUCAAGCAUCGGUUCCUGGAGCUAACAAUUCCCCCCUUGCCCCUGUAGAAGCCGCCACGAGUAGCAACACAGUUGCUGCUGGGGCGGCUUCCACGGGGCGACGCAAGAGGAGGCGUACGAAAAGCGUGAAGAACAAGGAGGAGAUUGAGAACCAAAGGAUGACCCACAUUGCAGUUGAGAGAAACCGAAGAAAACAGAUGAAUGAGUACCUGGCUGUACUUAGAUCCUUGAUGCCUCCCUCUUAUGUACAAAGGGGUGAUCAAGCGUCUAUUAUUGGUGGCGCAAUUAACUUUGUGAAGGAGCUAGAACAGCUUGUACAGUGCAUGAACGGCCAAAAGAAAACAAAACAAGAACACCACAACAACACUGUACCCUUUGCCGAGUUCUUCAUGUUCCCUCAGUACUCAACACACGCCACUCGUUAUUGCAACAACGACAACACGGUGUACCCGCCGUGCAUCGAGGCGGGCACGAAGAAGCCAUCGUGGUCGUCGACGGCCGCGGUCGACAUAGAAGUGUCGUUGGUAGAUAGCCAUGCUAACAUGAAGAUAUUGUCAAAGAAGCAACAUGGUUUGCUUGUGAAGAUGGUUAUUGGACUACAAAAUCUGGGUUUCACCAUUCUCCACCUUAAUGUUACAACCGCUAAUGAUAUGGUCCUUACCUCAGUUAGUGUCAAGGUGGAGGAAGGGAGUCAGCUGAAUACAGUGGAUGAAAUCGCAGCUUCUGUGAAUGAACUAUUACGCACAAUCCAUGAAGAAGUUCCUCUCUACGCUGAUCAUCAUCAAUUAUAAGCUUAAAAAAAAAAGAGUUGCAUCUUCUAAUUAAUAUAAUAUAAAACAAUAUUGUGCAAAAUAACUUUAAUAAUAUCCAUGUGUACAGGCAUCAUCGGUUUCGAUCGUUCACCAGUUUGGAAAUUAUCACCAACAAAGAGAGAUGGAGGAAACAACCAAAGUAAUACAUGUUGUAUUGUUGGAGCCCAUUUUAGAUUCUACUUGUAGCUAGGGUGUAUCAUCAUCAUCAUUUACCAACUUGUGAAUUAUUAAUCGUUAUUUUCUA